AUUUUCCUUUCUUUCACACGGUUUUCUUACACGGGUUCUUUCUAAUUUGUUACCCCAACCAAUUUUGUGAUUGUAUGAAAUUUUGAUAAAGAACCACGAGAAAAAAUGAUUACAAAAGUAAAAUAAAAAUACCUAUAAGCUUUUUAUUCUCAAGUUGCAAAAAGUUAGGAGUCAGACACAAAAUGAGUUAAAUGACUAGGCAGUCGUUUCAUCUCUCUCCUUUCGUUAUCGUUCAAUUAUGUUUCCUUUAGAUUUGUCCAUCGAAACAAUCUGAUGCUUGAAGAUGAGCUUGCAAAACAGGUUAUAAAUGGUUAUGUAACAAACCUAGUUUAAUUUGAAUUAAUGAUAUGUUGUGAACAAAAAAAAAACUAGGCAGUCGUUUAUUUUGUAAAAGUCUAACCUGCAAACUUCCUUUUUCUUCUUCUUUUUGACAACAAUUUUAUUUAUUUUUAAAUCAUUAAAUUUUAUCAAUUAUGUUGUAGCUUUAUUUUUAAAAGUUAAAACAUAUAUCAAGUUUUUAUUAAUAUUUACCAAUCAUGUUGUACCUUUAUUUUUAAAAUUACAAUUAGAAAUAAAACAAAUUUAUUUUAUAUAUACAUCACAAAUUUUAUUUUUAUUUUAAAAUAUCUACGGUCUAUAGCUUAUACAUUUACAACAAUUUUAACGACAUCAAGAAUCUCUGUAAAAAAUCUACAGUUACAACUUUAAAGAUAUAGCCGACUUACCCACAUUUAAAAUUUUACAUCAAAAUUUUUAAAGCUAGAGUCGAACCAAACAUCACAUUUAUCUCUUUUCGCUUUGUUUUGGGCUCAUUUCCUGUCAAACCCCAAUUUUUUUUUAAAGGCUUUCUAACUUGUAGAGUAAAAAAAAGAUCAUCAAGAGAAACUCUCUUAAGUUAACCUAUUAUGGUAACUACAAAUUAGUAGUUACAUAUAACUUUUAGAUAAUCAAGAUACUUGAACGAGUUUGAUUUUUGAUUUUUUUUCCUUACAAGAAUCUAAUUUUGAAGUUUUAUACUUGCACGAGUUUGAUCUUGGUUUCUUUCAGAUUUCACUUUUAACUUUGAGCCAGCUUCUUUAAAACCGUUUUGAUUUUUGAUUUUUUUUUACUACAAGAAUUUGAUUGUAAAGUUUUAUACUUGCACGAGUUUGAUCUUUGUUUCUUUAAGAUCUCAUCUUUCACUUUCAGCCAGCUUCUUUAAACCCGUUUAACAACAAAAAAGGGGAUAAAAUUCCUUUUUAGUCAUUCUAAUGAGACUUUAUAAGAUUCGGAAAGAUAGAAAGAUAUAUUGUUACAUUUUUUAAUUAAAAGUGAAAAGAGAUGAUAUGCUUAUUCUUAAUUGGAGUGUUGUCCAUCUCAUUAAACAUUAUAGUUAAAUACUUAUUAUUAUUUCCGUGAUUGUACGGUUUAAGCUAUAUGUCGUAUUUUAUCAAAAUAUGUGUUCCGAAGAAUCUCUGCAAAGUUUUAUUUUAUCUUGUCUAACAUAAUCUUUAUUAAUAUUCUUCCAACUACUCUUCUACACCGAUAAAUCUCACUGUCAUGGAGCUUUAUAUAUACUUUAGAGCACUUUCGCAUUCUACUUAUGAAUGAUUGAUACUAGUCUUCUUUUAUUUUCGACUGAAAACUGAACUUUCAGUAGAUAAAAUUUUCCAUAGUAGAGUGCACACGCACCACGCAUAGUAUUGAUUUAACGAAAAAACUCCCUAUAAAAGCAAAUCACAGUGUUUAGGUAAUCUAAAGUUAUAUAAUUGAUAACUAAAGAAAAGCAGAGAUUUGACAAUAGAGUUGGAUCGUAUCCAUAUUAUGAUGCAUUAACGGAUUGCUACGUACAAACUCAAGAUCUUUUAGUUGUCACUUACUCUUUAUGUUGUUAGCACAUGUGGCUUCGAUUAUAAGCUAAGAAAAUUAUAAUAACCAUAGAGAGGAACUAAUCAACGUGAAUAACACAAUAAAUGAUUAGAUCACAUCACGAUUUUGCAGAUAAAAUCCAUCGUAAUAUGCCUUCCACUCACCAUACUAUAUCUUUAAUUAUGCAAAAUAAGAUUAAAAGGGGAUAUAAAAAAUGUUAGGCAAAAAGAAAAGCUUUUAUUUAUUAUAGAAAAGGUUUUAAUAUUUCAUGGAAUGUGAAUAGAGAAAGUGGGGUGUGAAUAAGCAGAUGCACAAGCAUGGCCACCUAAUAGAUUCAAAAAGAAAACACAUGCAUGAUACCACACUUAUCACUAAAAUUUAAAUAUCUUAAAACCUAACAUUGAUUUUUUUUUUAAUAACUAAAAUAAAAAUAACAUUAACUAAAUUUGAAAAACUGCAUAUCAAUUAUUACAAGAACACGAAGAAAAUUAGGUCUAGAGGUAGUGCCAAACUGUAUUCUAAGUAGAGUUGUCCCUUUGUGUCUAGUGCCCUUGUGAAUUAUCUAAAUGUUUAUCAAUAAAUGUUAGGUCAUUCGCUGUUUUUUUCUUUCAUUUUGCCCAAAAUAUCUCUAUUUCUUUAUCCGUACAAGCCACAUGUUCACAUGUCGAUCUUUGGGAAAUUUUCCUUCAUAUAUACUAAUAUUUAAUAUGUCGUUUUCAAAUACGAAAAUAUGUCUUGUUUUAUUUGUAUGUAUCAUAAGUUAUACUUGCAUCUCUAAAAAUUGUAACUAUUAUUUGUUUAUGUGUACUACUAUUUUAUAAUAAACCUAUUUCGACACAGAUUAGGUGACAAGACAACCAAGUUAACCCUCGUUAAAAUGUAAGAGACUUAGAGACUAUGAUCUCUGCGAAAGCCUAGAAACCUAAAACUAACCUUAAACUUAAGAAUCGUAUUCUUCUCUCUUCCUAUGAUCUUUGUCACGUUAGUCGUCUCCUUUCUCCUCUUAAAUUUGACUUUACUUUAAUCUAUAACUUGUUAGAAUUAAAGGUGGGGCAAAUCGAAGGCUGAAUAUUGUCUUAACCGACUCUAAUUGCAAUAACAGUCUUCAACCGUCUAAGCAAUCUCUAUAUAUUCAAUAUACUUAGAAGCUAUAUAUAAACUCUUUUUUGGACAAACAUAAUUAAAAACACGAAAAUACCAGUAGACUAAAAAGAAGGUUUAAGUUUAAUGUCAACAUAACAAUAAUGAUAUAGCUAAGCAAUUUUGUUUUUAGCUAAGAAUAUAUAGCUAAGCAAUUAAGCAACAUUAAUAUGAUUUAAGUGAUUCAUUAGAUUUGAUGUACAUUUACGGACACUUUUCCUGUAUUUUUACAGCGGUUAAAACUUUUUUUUUGGUCAACCCGGUCAAAACUUAUCAUCAGACUAUAAAAUCCAUUUAUUUCUUCUAGAACCGUAGCCUUUGAUGUAGCAAAGCAAAUGCGGGCGGCGUCAUCAUAUUAUUUUACAAAAUAUAACGUCAUACAUUUUACAAGUAAAAUCACCAGAUGUAUCUAUACUCUGCUUUUAUCUCUAUUCAGUUUUCUUUUAUUCCCAGAACCUUGAACUUCAUUGCUGAUGGUCUGGCUAAAUCAGCACCUUGUACUGCUUACUAUUUGCCUGCUUAAGGCGUUUAUGAAAUCAUUUGGUCGUUCAAAAAAGAAAGGGGGUUUGUUGCAUGUUGGAUUUCAAGAGUUCUUCUAGUAGAACAAAAAAAAGUGGUUGGUCACAAAGAAUAAUUCAUGUGCAGUUCUGUGUUAAAACCUAAAGUAUCUCUAAGAAGAGAUAUCUAUUCAGUGUUUUAGGAGUGUAUUGGUAUUUGGAGUCUUUUUUUUUUUUUAAACACUGGUAUUUUAGGAGUCUACCAUUGUUCAAUUGUACUUUUAAUAUUUUCUUAUUUUUAAUUGAAAUGCUUUUUGGCUCAAUGUUUCACUUGGAGUUUUUUUUUUUUUUUUCAACUUUAAGUUGCUUAUGUGUUCUGGCAUAUAGUUAGAUCUCUGGGCUUCAAUUUUUGUUUUUAUGUUAAAAUCAAAUCCGGUUUAUCUAAUGAUUUUAAAAAGAUACCAAUCAACGUAUCAUGUGGUUUGAUGUUGGCUCAGAUAACCAAGGUUUGUUAAAAUAAACUCUACUGUUCUACUCUAGUAUGUGUGCUGUGUUUGCGGAAGAGUUGCAACUUGCUGCGUGAGACACGGUGCAUGUACUUGUGACGAUGUAUUACAAUAAUGCAACUCACUAUUGCAUUAUUUUUAGUUAUUACUAUUAAUAUAAUCAACCGAUGAUAUUUAGAUUUUUGAAAAGAUUAUUACAGCCACUAUAUUUAUUACGAAAGCUACGAAUCAUUGUCAAAUGAUAAAAGCCAGCACCACAAGUUACUUCCGCAAUUUGGUCUCUCUACAAGAGAGAAAUUUUAAUGAACAUGCACAUGGAAGCAUGUGUAUAUGUGGAUCCACAUGUAUUUAACCUAUGUGUAUGGAUUGGCUGACCAAAAGACAUAACGGUCCAAUGUCACCAACCCUCCUGGAAAUUAAAAUGCCAAUUGCUAAUUAGUAAACUAUUACUCUUGUCCUUAAUAAAGAGUCUUAGUACGAUUCGUACGACGAAGGUUAGUAUCGUCUCAACAAAUAUUAUGAUUUUUUUACAUUUGUGAAGAGGUUUUGGUAGCUCCGGCUUGCCCAGCCUAACAAUUUGAUUUCUCUUAAAUUUCAAAAUAACUCUUUACUAAUUUAUAGGCUCUAAAAAAACUCUUUACUAUAUUUACACGAAGUUCUUAAACAAGAAAAGACGUUUAUAAUUAAUAAUAAUACUUUAAUUUUACAUAUGUGUGAAUCCAUUGAAUUCAAUUGAAUUUCCUUUUUGAUUAUUUUUGAAAAUGAUUUUCAUACUCUGUUUCACUGUCGUCGCAUUUAGUUGUAAGUUCAACAUCUAGUCCUCUUUAGUUGACCAUCAACUAGUUCGUACGGUCUUGACUUUUUGAUUUAUUUUCACGCAGUUCGUGAUUUUGAGAAUUACAGUACUAGGAUUAGAAAUAUUUAUCUAUAGUACAUUACUGAAUACUAUAGCAGAAACUUUAUAAAUUAAUAUUUAAUAAAUUAUAAACACCAUAGAUUAAUAUUUUUUCCGAUUUCAAGUUGAACUGGUUAAAAAUAUGACACAAAUCGAUAAAAUAAUAAAACAAUAAUAUUCUAUAAAAUUCUAUGUAAAUAUAUGGUCCCACUGAAAUCAUAAAUUAAUAUUUCUUUUAUUUCGCAAUAUAAUUAUUUCUAUAUUUUUUGAACACUUCGAUAUAUUUUGUUUAUAUUUAGUAAAAUUAUAUCUAAACCAUAUUUAAAUUUUAUAAAACAUAUUAUAUAUACACCAAAUAGUAUAAUAAAACUAAUGUGAAAGUUCAAAUUUCAAAAUUUAAUUAUUUAAUUUUUUUAUUUUUUUAAAUAUAUUUUUUAAUAAAAAUCCAUAAAAUAAUUUGUAAAAUAAUAAUUUUAUAAAUUAAUAAAAUAUUAUAGUCUUGACGUUAUUAAUUUAUAAAAUUUUUACUGUAUAUCUAUAGUAUUUUAAUAAAUGUUGUCCUGGUUGACGGAGAAAUAACUCAAUUAAUUGGUAACAAGUGAAAACAAUUAGAUAACGUGUUUCACAAGAACUACAUGUAGCAGGUAAUGUUUAAUAGAAAUAUUUACUAGUGCACCGACCUAAUUACUUUCUGACUGACUUGGUCGGUAAAUAUUUCUACACUUUCCAGUUUUUUUUAUCAGAAUAGUCGUAAGUUAUAAAAAGAUGCUGUUCGUUUUCGUAAAUUCCAAAAAUGACAAUUAACUUUGUUUAACAAGCCUGUCUAACUUUUCUUUCUAUACAUAUAUUUUAACUCGUAUAAAAAUUAUUUUAUAGCCGUUAAAAUUGGCAUGGACGGGUUUGAAUAUAAAUAUAAGUACACUGUUUAAUUAUCAAAAAAAAUAAAAAUAAUUUUAUAUACAGUACAUAUUUUAACUAUAAUUAAUACAAAACAUGAUACAUGAUACAUGUCGCAGUACACACAAUUUAUGCCUAGGAAGUAAAGGAGAAGGUAUGUCACUUGUGAAUGUCACCAUGCUAUUGGACUUCUGUUCGAUAAUUUAAAAUAUUAUCAAAAAGAUAAAAGCAUGUAUAAAGUAGUAUUAUAUAUAUAAACUUGUGUAUAUACUACGACAUACUCAUAUGUAUAAUAACGACAUAUUUGCUUCUGUACAACAUAUAAAGAAGAAAGUUAAUUAGACUAAUUAAUAUAUCUCAUGUCUUGGUCUUUUCAUAAAGCCAAAAGAAUAUGGGACAAAAGGUUAAACAUUUCUCUAAUGUUCUUUCUAAUUACGUCUUUUAUCAUUUCAAUGAGCCAUGUUCUCUAAACUUGGCUUUUUUCUCCUUAUCAAAUCCUUGGCUUUUGCACACAUACAUAGACCCAUAUAUUGAUAUAUAUAGACAGCACUAUAUGUAUGUGAUAUUCUUCCUUAGUAAUUUUUAUUCGAAAAGUUAAGACGAUUUAAAAUUCAAAUAAAUGUUUUCGAUAAUAAAUAUUUUAUUUUUACCAUGCAAGAUGAGAGUAAAAAGUUAAUGACUACAUCUACAAGCAUGGCCGUUAACUUUAUUAGUGAACAGACUAAACGAAUAGUCACAAAAUCACAAGGUUCUCGACUUUGAAUCCUGACUGUGAAUCUUGGUGAAACAUUCUUAAACUGUAUUGGAUGAAAAAAAAUGUACCAAUUUACUUACUAGCCACAUUGACUUAUACUAUAUGCUUUAAAAGGUCAUACGUAGACGACUGAAUUAUUAGCAGUGAAAAAACUGGAAGGAUGUUCACAAUGCUUAAAGCCUGUUGAAUCAAGAUUUGAGAAGAUGUUGAAACUGGUUUAAGUUGGUUCCAGUUCGUGACGAUUGGAAGUCGAGAUGAUCGGUUUAGUAACUUGAGGAGUACGUGAUCGUGAUCUAAACGGCUAUGGAAAAGAUGAGAAAUAUAUGGAAAGAAAAUUUGAGAAAAUCUUCAUUUACCGAGGAUAUAAGGAGAAUGAGAAUCUAAGAAAGAUGACAUACUUUCCAAGACGAGAUAUCAAGUCAUAAUUAGAGUUUUUAGAGAAAGUGAGAAAAUGAAAGAACUGUAAGGAUAGCAACCGGUUAUAGUUUUUGAGUUCUUUGGGUAAUUAAGAAUUGAUCAGUCGUGAUACACGAGUGUGUAGUCACAGAAACUUGAUUAAACAGGGUUGUUAAGUCAGUUUAAACGAUUUUUAAUAAAAAAUUGUCGAGGAAUCUGGUGUGAAUUUUAGUUUUUCAAGACGAGUAUUUUCAUAUUGUCCAAAUUUUAGUUUUUACAAAGCCUAAACUACUGGUCACGGAAAAGGUUAUGUGAAUCUAGAAAUUGUUCGUGUCAUUUUGAUUUUAGUAUUUUACCUUGUUACUAUUCCAUUUCGUAUAAUACAUUGCCGUUACCAAAUGAAUUAGCACAACCCAUGUAAUAGCAUAAAAGUCAACUGAUUUCAUUGUCGAUACAAUUCAUUUAUCCCCUAAUAUUCAAAAGUCAAAAUCCUAAUUUUUAUGUGGUCAAGCCGUUGCAAGUAUUUAACCUUGACAAGCUUUGACAAGACCACUGAGAACCAGCUACUUCAAGCGGCAUUUGGAAAAAACCGACAGCCGAGGAAAUGAGAUUAAAACUCACCUUCCCGGAGUUCACACCAACGACUCAGAAAGGUGAGUGGUCAUAUAGAGAUUUUGGAAAGGUCUAAUAGAAAGCGCCGGUUAAAGUGAUGAUGUGAAACUAGUAUUGUAGUAUUUGAUUCUAGAUAGAUUUUGGUCGAGUUCGGGUUUUUAACCAAUUUUUGUAUGCCCGUUUCGGUUUUUUUUUUUAAUUAUAAUAUAAUAUAUUUUUUAUAAAGUAUAUUAACCUUGUUAUCACUUGGAAUUAUUUCGACCUAGCAAACCAGAAAAGCUGGUUCAAGUGGUUCACACAUCACAAGGUUCAGUGGCUUUACAUUUUAUCCGAAACAGAGAAAGCAGUUGCACUAGCAAUUAUUUUGUAAGUAGACAAGUACAUGUGGCUAGAAAUGAUUGGAAGCUAGUGUCUGUCAUGUACGUAAAAUGACAGAUCCUUAAAGCCAUUAUAUUAGAGCAACAUUAUCAAGACAUUUGAACACUUCUUAUGGGCGAUUCUUACCCAAUAUUGGCCCAAAAAUAAAUAUAAAGUCCGUUUAAAUGAAGGAGACGAUUUUUAGGUAAGAAGUUUUUUGACUUCGUUCUUCUGUCACGUGUCAUUCUAUGAUACGUGACGUGAAGCGGUAGAGGGUCGCGUCGUUUUGGUCUGGAUCUAUUCUCUCCGUCUCCCUCUUCUCUCUCUCUCUCUCUCUCAAUCCGUAGACGGCGAUUCACAUCGAUCGAUCGUGGAAUCUCGCCAUCGAAUCUGCAGGUCCGCGGAGUUUGGGUUUAGGGUUUCAUCGUCUCUUCCUUCGGUCGCUUUGGACGGGUACUUCCGCCGUCGUCGACUCUCUUCUUUCUCCGGUUAGAAACCAUCUCCGCCGCCGUCACCAACAGGUUUGUCUUCUUUCUCCGUCCUCCGUUAGCUAUAUAGAGGAAUCAUUUAAACAAAUAGAUUGGUGAUUCGCCUUUUGGUUGUAUAUGAUUGUAUAGUGAUCUGUUGGUUCGUGUUUCUGAUGGACUUUUGUUUACCGAUGAAUAUGAUUGUAUAGUGAUCUGUGUUUUUGAUUGUAAAGCAGAGGUUUUUGAGUGAAUUUUUCGUAUACUUGAUUGAUUAGGGAACUUUAGUUAAAAAAAAUGCUUGAUUGAUUAGUGAACUUUAGUUAAUAAAAAAUGCUUCAUUGAUUAGUGAACUGAAUUUUGAGUUAUAUACUUGAUUGAUUGGUGAACUGAAUUUUGAUUGUAUAGUUGAUGGAGAGCCACGUUAUAUGUUGUGAUCUAUACUGAAUUUUGAUUCUAUACUAGUUGUUUUAGAUACAUUGGCUUCAUCAUUGACAUGUGUUGUUUUAGUUGGUGUGUAAAUUGAAGUAAGUAGGUUUCGACAUUUAAUGAAAACGUUGUACUGACUUUUUAACUUAGUUUGGUUUCGAAGGAGUGUUACGUGGGAAAGUUUUGUAGUUAGUUUGCUUGGUUUUGUAGUUAGUUUCGGAGGAGUAAUAAAUAUUGAUUAGUUAUGUGUAACGAGUAUAAGUAACUAAUGUGUAUCAUAUUUACUUACUUGUUUGCUUUGAUUCUUUAUUUUCCGAGUAAUAAAUAUUGAUUAGACCCUGGUAGUUGAUUGUUAGAGAAACAUUUAAGCUCUCUGAUGGUUGUUCUCUCAAAUUUCUUUAAAUAGCAGCAACAAGUUUAAUUCUUGUUGUGGUUAUCCCUUACUCUCUUCUUUCUCUCACGUAUCUUUCUUUUCUAUUGCUGUCCUUCUAAUCGAAAUGGAUCCAAGGAAUCCAUUGAAUCCCUAUAGUGAGUCCCCUAGUUAUAGUUAUCUUCUCCAUAGCCAAAAUUAUCAGUAUGGAAGUUAUCCUUCUACUCAGUAUCCAUCGGAGAUCCCUCCUUAUAGUUCACAACAACCUGAAGGUCCACCUGAACGUGAAGACCCAGCAGUUGCCUCUAAGGAGAGAAGGCAAUGGACUCCAACAUACCGUAUUUUCAACAAGGAACCGAUUGUACCGGACGGUCUAGUCUAACACCCCUACAAAAAUGUACUGCAGCAAUCCGACAGUUGGCUUAUGGCGGUGCAGCUGAUUCACUUGAUGAGUAUGUCCGGCUUGCUGAAACGACAGCUCGAAAAUCUUUGCACAAAUUUACCGCCGGAAUAAUCAGCUUGUUUGGUGAUGAAUACCUACGCCAACCGACACAAGAGGAUCUGCAAAGACUUCUCUAUAUUGGAGACCAACGUGGGUUUCCGGGGAUGAUUGGCAGCAUCGACUGUAUGCAUUGGGAGUGGAAGAAUUGCCCCACUGCUUGGAAAGGAAUGUAUUCCCGAGGAACAGAUAAACCAACAAUUGUUUUGGAGGCGGUAGCUUCAAGUGACCUCUGGAUAUGGCACGCGUUUUUUGGAGCUCCAGGUACUAUGAACGAUCUUAAUAUUCUUGAUCGAUCCCCCGUUUUUGAUGACAUUAUUAACGGAAUUGCGCCAGAAGUGAACUUCUAUGUUAAUGGUAAUCAAUAUCAUUUGGCAUAUUAUCUCACUGAUGGUAUUUAUCCUAAAUGGGCGACUUUUAUUCAAUCUAUCCGACUUCCUCAAAGUGAGAAACAUUCGUUAUUUGCUAAAACCCAAGAAGCUGUUCGAAAAGAUGUCGAGCGUGCCUUCGGAGUUCUGCAAGCUAGAUUUGCCGUAGUGAAAAAUCCAUCCAAGCUAUGGGAUAAAGACAAAAUAGCAAAUAUUAUGAAGGCAUGCAUCAUACUCCAUAAUAUGAUUGUCGAGGAUGAACGAUCAUCAUACACUCAGUAUAACGUGAGAGAAUUUCAAGAAAGCGAGGAAGAUGAUACAUUCACCGUUACUCCGAAUUCAAAUCUCGGCACUGCAAUGGAUCGUCGAGCGAGCGUCCGUAACAGACAAGCCCAUGAACAAUUAAAAUUCGAUUUAAUCGAAAAUAUUUGGGCUAAAUUUCGACAUUUUCCAAAUAACCAAUGAUUUUAAAGUUUCUAUGAAUUGAAUAAAUGUGUGAUUUAUGAAUUUUUUUUUUAUGUAUGGAAUGUAAUAAAAUGUUUGUAAUUUUAAUUAAAUUAAAUUUUUUCCUCUUUUUAA